AUGUUUGGCGACUCAUUCUGCCCGUCCGAGUUCCGGCGCACCGGCUCCAGCUGCGUGCGCGACUCGCCGGACCAGGCCACAUUCGAGGAGGCCCGCGCCGCCUGUGAGAGGCUCAGCGCCGUGCUGUACGAGCCGCGCGAGCCGGGUCUCUUCGCCGAUAUAGCGACUGACGCCGUCGAAGCCGAGCACUGGGUCGGCAUGAAGGAGCUGGGCCCGGGUGACUUCCGGAUGGUGUCGGACGGCAGCAAGCCGCUCUUCAACUUCUUCCCCAGCGGCAGCUCGCGGGGCCCGGUGACCGAGGCCGAGCCGUCCGGUGCCUGCGUCCAGAGGAAGACCAACGGAGAGUUGGUGGUGGCAAACUGUGAUGACAGAAAGUACUACUUCUGCCUCCACAAGCCACAGCCACUCUGCCCGGCCGGGUUCCUCUCGUUCGGCGAGACGUCCGACUGUCUCUACAUGGUGGAAGAGCAAGCGGUGGCGCAGGCUGAGGCCCAGCAGCGCUGCGCCGCCGUCGGCGCCACCCUGGCCGAACUCCGCGACGACAACAUGCUCUCCAGCUACGAAAGCUGGAGGAACAAGGAGGUGUCGCUCUGGAUGGGCGUCACCGACAAGGCGGAGAACAACAUGUUCACCACUGGCGAGGGCGUGGCACCGAGUCUACUGCCCUGGUCUUCUGGGGAGGGCACAGGCGAUCAGCUCGGCUGCAGCACCCUCCGUGCCACCGCCAUGUCCGACGUCACGUGCAACGCUGACCAGGCCGAGGGCUACAUGUGCCUGCACAGAGCCGAGGGCUACAUGUGCCUGCACAGAGCUGGCUGGGAUAAGUGCCCUGCGGGCUUCCUGGAACUCGGCGGCCGCUGCUACCACUAUAACCCCACGGUGGCAAACUACGACGACGCUAGCGCCGCCUGUCGGACAAUGGCGUCAUCGCUGGCGGCCAUCGACACAGACACCACGGCGCGGCUGCUGUCCUCCACCGUGCUGGGGAGCGACCCAUCCUACCAGUGGCUGAUCGGUCUCAAGCACAACAGCCUGAACGGCAUGUGGGAGAACUGGGACGAGACCAACCCGGCAGACGGCAUCUGGGACUCGGAGCCGGGUGACCAGGGCUGUGCCGUGCUGGCCAACUCGAACGGGUUGCAACUGCUCACGCCCGUCCAAUGCCAGGAGUCGUACAAGUUCAUCUGCCAGUGGCAGCCCGAUUUGGUGAGCUCCGUUGUGCCGGAGAUCGACCCCGAAGGUGCCUGCUUCAACGACGACCCGUACCCACUCGGCCCCGACUUCAGUGUGUCGCCUGGCGACUACGAUCCUUCCAGCGUCAACUCGGAAAUGUGCAAGCACCGCUGCCAAACGCUCAAAUUCAUGUACGCUGGCGUGAAGAAUGGCAUGUUCUGCUUCUGCAGCAACGUUCUGCGCAUCGAGCGCGUGGCCGCCAGCAACUGCGACGUGCCGUGCACUGACGUCGCUGCCGGCGGAACGUGCGGCGGGAGCGAUAACUACGUCCAGGUGUACCGCACGGGGGGCACGGCGGAGAUAACCGGGCCCUCAAUCGUGGCGGAGCAGACCACCAUGCAGCCGGUGGACACCGAGUUCACAUUCACGGCCGGCGUGGAGGCCGGAGAGCAGGUCCUCAUCUCGUACGACUUCGGUGACGGCUCUGACGUCACGCUGCCGUCGAUGGAGGCGACGACGGCCGCCUACAAAUACAGCAUGCCGGGCACGUACACGGUCACCGCCAUCUUCACCGACGUCCCAAAGGUGGCCAAGGCGAAGUACCAGUCGACCACGGUGACGGUGGGGGAAGAGGUGGGCCAGGUGGAGCUGGACUGUCCGGACGUGGUGGAGCCCGGGGACGAGGUUCAGUGCCAGCUCUGGCUGGUCACCGGCUCCAGCCUGACGCUGACCCUGCACAUGGACAAGACGACCAGCGAAGCUCAGGUGUACAGCCUGCCCGACCCGACGGUGCGCGCCAUCGGCCUGACGCCUCCGCAGCUGCCUACUGCGGACCUGCGCGCCGAAGCGCCCACCUUCGAGCUGGGGCGGUACACGGCACCGGAGCCGGCUGGCCGCCGCCGCAAACGCAGCCCUGCAAGCUGGAGCUCCUUCUCAUCUACGGUAUCCAAAACCUGGUCGAGCAUAACCAGCUCUUCCAGUUCGACAAGCAUCACUUCAUUCAGCAGCUCUUCGUCCAGCAGCUCUUCGUCCAGCAGCUCUUCGUCAAGCACCUCUUGGUCCAGCAGCUCUUGGUCCAGCAGCUCUUCAUCCAGCAAAACUUCGUCCAGCAGCUCUUCGUCCAGCAGCUCUUCGUCCAGUAGUUCUUCGUCCAGCAGCUCUUCAUCCAGCAGCUCCUCGUCUGACAGCUCUUCGGCAUCAGGAGGCUCUAAAUUCUCAUCUAGAACCUCCGCGAAGGACAGCACCUACUCCAGCAACCCCAAAGGCCCGGGGGCGGCGGUCAGCGCGGCCUCCGGCGGUCCCGCUCAGUCGGGCGUUGCAGGUGAAACGUACGAGGCAACGGCAGUCAUCAUGCCUUGGGCGAAGGUUACCGACCGCUCCGUUCUGGUUGGAUUCGAGUAUUAUGCUACAAAAGCCGGGGGCCUGAAGCUGAUGGUGUUCCGGCCCGACUGCCCUGGCAGCUACUGCCACUCGUCCGGCAAGUGUGACGACGCGCUCUGCGACGACGUCGACCAGCUGACGGUGGCGUGCGAGGCGUCCGACCCCUUCUACUCGCAGAGACGCCAGUGCGAGGCCUCGGUGUGUGGCGCCGGCGGCAGCGCACUGGGCUGGCGCGACACGCGACCUGGCGAAGAGAGCGACGUGGGCUCGGUGAGCAGCACCGGCUCGGACGGCGGCUCGUCGGGCACGCUGCAGGCGCGCCACUACCUGCGCGCCAUCGUCUCGUCGCCCGUCCAGCUCACCAUCAACCACACCUACGACGAGAUCGGCGCGUAUGAGAUGUUCGCCAGCAUCGUGUCCGAGGGUGACAUCGCGUCGGAGACCAGCGCUGGAGAGGCCAUCGACGUUCAGGUUCCCAUCAAGAAAUUCCGCGUGACCAUUGACCCAGAGCACGUGACCACCAAUAACAAGACCAACAUCACCGUCUACAUCGACGCCGGCAGCUACGUCACCGUCAGCUUCCAGUUCGGCGAGGCGCACUUGGGCGGCAAGGACGAGACGGAGCAAGCAGAGAACAUCGAGAAGGACGCGUGGUCGCACAUCUACUGGUACCGGCGCGGUGAUCCCGGGCCGCGUUACGUCAUCAUCACGGCCAGCAACGAAUGGAGCACCGAGGAGUUCCGGCACACGCUGUACGUGCAGAGGCCCGUCACCGACAAGUGGUUCCUGCUCGACAACGCUCCUGUGCUCUGGCCCGUGCCGGGCGACGUGAACUACACGGUGGUGUACCCGGCGAACCUGCUUCUGCCGACCAUGGCGUCAGCCCAGCUGUUCACCGGUGACGGAUACGUCAUUGAGUGGGAGAUACCCGAAGAGAGGGAGGCCGACACUAUUUACGAGGUUGGGUACAACAGGACGUAUGCGGAGGAGGGCACUUACCGCGCGAAGCUGCGCGUCUACAACCUGGCCUCAGAGUUCGAGAUGACCAAUCGGGUGCCAGUGUGGGCAGAAAUCAAGAACCUCUCCACCAGCGCCUAUUAUCUGCCAUUCCUGCCCAUCGGUGGCGACACCUACAUGCCGGGGCAGGGUCCAGAGUUCGACUCGUUCCCCAUUGAGAGGAACGUCUCUUUCUUCCUCAAUAUGACGCAAGGAACCAUCUUCCAAUAUCUUCUGGAGAUGGAUAAUGGAACAUUCCUCACCAACUCUUCUACCUCCCCGGUCGACUACAUGUUCCCCGAGCCAGGCACGUAUUCAGUGAGCCUGUAUGGAUGGAAUCCUCUGCAAGGCCGCUCCAUGCCCGUCAACUUGACCGUAAAAGUGCUGGAGUCGGCCGUCAAUGCCAUCAUCGACGACUACCUGCUAGUGUCAGAAGCCAAGUCUAACAAGGAUUUCGAGAUCCGAAUGGCGUCGGUCGGGACGUACGCCUGCCUCAUCUGGAACCCUGGCGACGGCUCCAAACUGCACGGAUUCGGGGACCGCGACACAUGCCACGAUGAGUACUCGCCGGGCAGCUAUAUAUACGGAGGACAGAUCUUGAACCCCAUGCCCCUCAGCUGGACCUACAUGAGGAAGGGCCAGUACCGGAUGAGUGUGCACGCCUUCAACUUCCUGUCGUCGUCGCGGAACGAGCUGCCGUUCACGGUGUCGUCGAUCCCGUGCCGGCCGCCGGACCUGAUGGUGCGGGAUAACUCCACCGAGUUCUGGAUGCCCAAGGAGUUCUACAGGAAGGACCCAGUACAGCUGGUCACUGUGUGCGCCAUCGACUGCAACGCCUCGCUGGACACGUCCAAGACGUGGCGGGCCGCCAUGAUCAACGAAUCGUGGGGGACAGAGAUGGGUGAUGUGGAUCUAACUUCAUUGGACUCGGCUGUAAAGUCGAUUCUCUUCAUACCGGCAAGAUUCUUAGAGUAUGGAACGUACAGAUUCACCUACUCUCUACAGAUAUCGGGCGAGGGUAUGGACCCCUCGCAGCCGUUCAUCAAGAGGGUGUUCACGUUCAUCCGCAUCAAGAGGUCGCCUCUGAUCGUCACCAUGGUCGCCGGUGGCAGCUCCGUCAUAUCCAGAGGCUACAAUCAGAUGGUGCUCUUAGAGCCCGAAAAGUUCUCCAUGGAUCCUGACUAUCCGGAUGACAAGGACCUGGAGUACUGGUGGUUCUGCCGGCGGCUGGAGGCGGAGGAGGAGCUGCCCCGCACUCGGUCCGGCUGGUACCUGCGCACCGAGCCGCUGCAGGACCCCAUCAUGAACGCCACUGUCGAGCUGUACGACUGGGUGUACGACAACGUCACUAACGCCACCUACGAGGUGGAGAAGCCCGACCUGGGCGGCUGCUUCGGCCAGGGACCAGGCAUGCUGAACAUCCAAGGCGGGAUCCUGGAACUGAACACGAUGCAGUUUCGCACGACUAACGUCACGUACGAGAUCAGCGUACAAAUGCGGAAGCGGGACGCGUCGGACACGCGCAAGGCCAUCGGCACCGUGCUGGUGGACGUGGUGCCCGGCUCACCGCCCAUCGUCAGCGUCAAGUGUCAGGUGGCGGACAUGUGUCGGGUCACGGACAAGGGCUCUAUCAUAAACCCGAGUUCUCGCGUGGCGCUAGUUGGCGUCUGCGAGGAGCUCUGCGAUGGUAUGCUCCGCUGGGACUGGAAACUAUACUACGUCAGGAACUUUACAGAGUACCGCAUCCGAGACGGCGAGAAGUACAUCAUCGGCACUGGCAAGCCGCAGGUGGCCAUCAAGAAGGCGCUCUUCUCGGACUACCCGGACAUCGUGGAGUUCCGAGCCAAGAUGGGCGUCAGCAGGGUGUUUGACGACGAGACUGGUGUGGCCGUGAUGUACCUGCUGCUGAACCAGGCGCCGACCGGCGGCACCUGCAUCGUGCAGCCGCCAGAGGGCCGCGUCGUCAACCUGCGAGCGGACGGCGGCCAGACCGGGAACGACACAGCCUCGCUGGCGGCGAGCCUCCCCACACCGGGACGGGCGCUCGUCGAGGACUGGUACAUCGAGUGCGCCGACUUCAAGGACCCCGACGGCGACAAGAUUGGAAAAUAUGUCUUCUUCAUUAAGGACAUCACAGAGGGCUUUACCAGAAUCCUCAAAUUCGGAAAAGACCGAAAAGAUCGCUUUGUCUUCCCUUACGGUGUCUGGGAGAUGUACGUCACAAUCUUCGACAACUUCGACGCAUCAAGGGACAUCCUAAUUGACGUGAUCAUGACCUCCACCCCGACCAAGGGCGAGUACGCCGCCUGGGAGGCCAAGAAGACGGUGGCACGCGCUAUGGGCGAGGGUGACCAGGCGCGACUCAGCCAGCUGCUGCAGGCGCGCUCCUCCCUGGAGGAGAUCGAGCUACCCGACGACCCGACGGAGACCCUCACCACCACGCCGGCGUACGACUACUACGAGGAGGGCGUCGAGGCCGAGACCAUGGACCCCGAGGAGCUGGCCGAGAUCAUGGCCGAGCAGGAGCGGCAGCGGCUCGAUCUGCUUAACUCCAAGGCCAACGAGAACAGGGCGAUGCUGCAGCAGGUGGAGAACCUCAACCAGAACACGUUGGACGACUGCACGCUGGUACUCGGCACCACGGGAGCCAUCGUGGGCGACGGCAAGGCUGUCGACACGGCUGGAAAGGACGCCGCCAUCCAGGCGGUGGGGGGCACCUGCCUGCAGAGCGUGCUGCUCAACUCUACCCUCAACGACCCCAAGCAGGCCGAGGGAAUGGUCACCAGCAACUUAGGCACGGUGACCGCCGUCGGAAAGGGCAUCGACAACACAAACCUGAACGGUGAGGUGGUGCCCUCUGACAUGGUGGAGGCCCGCCGGCGGCGCGGGCUCGACUACGAGGAGUACGAGCUCUGUGAAGAGGGUGAGGAGGGGGAGGAGGUAAUACCGACUCCCGAAGAGGAGGACGAGGACGCGGUACCCUGCAAGACGGCCACCGAGCUCGCACUGCUGCGACAGAAAAAGAACGCCGCCAGUCAAGUGCCCACCAUGAUGGAGUCGGUCAAGUCGAUGCAGGACAAGUUGCUGUCGAUCGCGCUGCCUGGAGAGGAUCCGUUCACCCUGAAGACUCCGGAUGGCUUGGAGAUGACGCUAGUCAUGAUGGAAGGCUGGCAGCUGGAAGGGUACCAACUGGACCUGGGCGAGGGCAGCUACCAGUUCCCGUCGCUAUGCGCCGUGCUGCACGUCGAGCAGAACUGCAGCGAGGCCUACAACAUGACCGUCGGGCUGCAGGCUAUCAACUGGCCCACACUACUCUACUCGUAUGGCGAGGGGACAGACUCGGUCAGCAAGGACAGCAAGAACAUGCAGCUGAAGCUGGUGCAGCGCGUCGGCACCACCGACCUGGAGCAGUUGCCCGUCUACGACCUGCCCAGCAACCAGCGCAUCCAGAUCCGUGUUCCGCGCGGCAAGAAGGGAUCCAAGCCGGUCCUGCCUGACCCGACGUUCGUGGAGCCACUGCCCAACUCAAAGGAGAUCAUGAUGUACCAUUCGGUGAACAUCACGCGCCAGGACGUCUCCAUCAACAUCGAGGUGUCGGUGUCCAGGCCUGACGCCCAGCUGGUGGUCUUCAUGAAGCGCGGCAUCAAGCCCAACCUCACCCACUACGACUGGGUCUGGAAGGUCCAGCUGCCCACCAACUUCACUGUGGACGUUUCCCAAGAGCCCAUGGAAGAACCAAUACCAAUCACAACAGCAGUUCCAUUAACUACAAUCCGAGUGCCGGCCUGUGAGGAGCUGGAGGGAGUGAACAGCACGUACGGCACUAACGAAACCUGCAUCCCGGGCGGCAUCACCGAACCUGCCGUGCUGUGCGAGGAGGACCUCAUGACGUUCGGCUCGACCACGCCGGCUCCGUGGCCGCCCUCCUCAACCGUCACGGCGGGCCAGCUGAGCGCCAGCACCACCACCGAGUGGUACGACGGCAACGGCACCGGGGGGUACAACGGCACCACGCCCGCACGGCCCUGCACGCCGGUGGUGGUGACGGCACCACCCACCGAGGAAGGCAUCCCGACAGCCGAGCCGGUCGUGCCCACCAAGUACAUCUCCGAGUACGUCCGGCUCAAAGUCGUGCCUAACCGCGCCCUGGAGCCAUACGACCCUUACGGUAACGACACGCUGCUGUACUCGUACCCGCUGUACGACAUUUUUGUGCCGGACUCGUACGUGCUCAACAUGACCGGGGAGUACUGGAUCGGGGUGGCCGAGUUCUCCAACACCACAGAUGACGAGGUGUUCUUCGAAGACCCGUCGGCAACGAACCUGACGUGGGCCAACAUGACCAACGUCUACUCCACCAACUACACGCUUCGUGUGUACACCUCUGGCUGUCUCUUCUACAAUACCAUCUCCGACGUGUGGGAGAGCGACGGCUGCACGGUCACAGACUCCAACUACCGAGCCACGAUCUGUACCUGCAACCAUCUGACCUCGUUCGGCUCCGGAUUCUUCGUCAUGCCGAACGCCAUCGACUUUGAAUAUGUGUUUGCCAACGCAAGCUUUGAAGACAACCUGUCAAUAUAUCUGACGCUCAUCAUCUCGUUCUUUAUCUACCUGGUGCUCAUGUUCUGGGCGCGGUGGAAAGACAAGAAGGACCUGGAGAAGAUCGGCGCCACACCACUUCCGGACAACAACCCCAAUCACAAGUACCUGUACGAGAUCCUGAUCAUCACCGGGAACAAGACGAACUCGGAGUGCGACAGCAAGGUGCAGUUCAUCCUGUCGGGCGAGCGGGACGAGACAGACGUGCGCACCCUGGCCGACCCGCAGCGGCCCAUCCUGCGCCGCUCCGGCACGGACAGCUUCGUCAUGGCCGUGCCGCGGCCGCUCGGCCAGCUCAACUACCUGCGCAUCUGGCACGACAACUCGGGCAAGGGCGGCGCCGCCUCCUGGUACCUCAACUUCCUCGUGGUGCGUGACGUGCAGACCGGCGAGAAGUCGCAGUUCAUCGCCAACAAGUGGUUCGCCGUGGAGGAGGGCGAUGGACAGAUUGACCGUCUGCUGCCGGUAGCCGGCCGAGAACAGAUGCUUGAGUUCCAGCACCUCUUCAACACCACAUCGCGCAAGAACCUGUCGGACGGCCACCUCUGGUUCUCAGUGUUCAUGCGGCCACCGCGCAGCCGCUUCACGCGUGUGCAGCGCGUCUCCGCCUGCAUGGCGCUGCUCUAUCUCUCGAUGCUGGUGAACGCCAUGUGGUACGGCCUGGUGCCCGACCAGCCUGGGUCCAGCGCCAUCGCUUUUGGCCCCUUCUCCUUCAGCCCCGAACAGAUCGGCGUGGGUGUCAUGGCCAACCUCAUCGUCUUCCCGCCGUCCUUCCUGAUCGUGCUGCUCUUCAGGAAGUCGCGGCCACGCCGCCUCAAGGAGAACAGGGUGGAGAAGGCCAUGACCGAGCAGCGUGCGAGGCAGCGGAAGGAAGGCAAGUUCCCGGAGGCGGACGAACAGUCCGCCGCGCCCAAAAGUGCACCGCCUCGGGCUGUCGACCUCGCGGACCGGGACGGUGACGACGAAAGCCUGGCGGAGUCUACCGCCCUCGAAAAACGUCCCGAGAGGAAGAAGCCGUUCUCCUUGCCCUGGUGGUGCGUGUACUUCGGUUGGCUCCUGACCUUCGGCAGCAUGGGCGCCUCCAUUUUCUUCCUCUGGGCUUACGGCAUUACCUUUGGCAACGAGAAGACCACCAAGUGGCUCACCUCCCUGAUGAUCUCCUUCUUCUCGUCUGUGCUCUUCACCCAGCCUAUUAAGGUGAUGCUGACGGCCUUGCUGGUGUCGGCGAUCUGCAAGAAGCUGGACAACGGCCAUGACGACAUCGAUGACGACGAGGAGGACCCGGCUCUGCUCAACGACGAGGAGUGGCUCUACGCGCCACGCAAGAAGAAGCAGCAGCGUAAGGUGGAGUACACACCGGUGGACCCGGCGAAGAUCGAGGCGGCCAAGCGAGAGCGGCAGAAGGAGGUGAAGAUGUGGGACAUCAUCCAGGAGAUGGCCGCUUACGCCUUCUUCCUCUGGAUCUUGCUGGUGCUCAGCUACGGCUCGCGCGACCCCAACGCCUUCCUCAUCCGGGCGGCGCUCGAAAACAAUUUCCUUCGGCCCAACGACCCGUGGCUGUCGUUCAGCGCGGUGCGGAACGAAACUCGCUUCUGGAACUGGACGAGGUCGGUGAUGAUUCCCGAGCUUAAGAUCGGACCCGGCUACGCCGGGGAGAAGCCCAAGAGAAAGGAGAAGAACCUGAUCACAGACCGAGUCCAUCUGCUGAUGGGCAACGGCGUGAUGCGACAAGUUCGCAUUCGUGAGAAGAACACGUGCCGCGUGCCGAAGGUGAUGCGCAACAUCACGCGGGAGUGCCACAAGUUCGGGUCGCUGUUGUACGAGGAGAAGCGUGACUUCGGCCUGGGCUGGGACGAGACUCUGGCCACCCGGCGACCGUUCAACCUCAAGGAGUACCGCUACCGCUCCAGCUCCAGCCUGGACUCGUACCCGUUCUGGGGCGACUUGGGCUGGUACGGCGGUGGUGGGUACGUCGUGGACCUGAAGGGCAGCAGAGCGCGGCUGAUCAGCGAAAUGUGGCGGCUUCAGUCCAACGGCUGGAUAGACAAGCGCACCCGGGCCGUCUUCGUCGAGUUCUCGCUGUUCAACGCUCAGGUCAACCUGUUCGUCGGCUGCACAAUCGUGGCUGAGCUCAGUCCAGACGGCGGUAUCGUGCCGUUCUUCAAGUUCGAGCCGGUUCGCCUGCUCAACUACCACUCUGGCUUCGGUCUGUUCGUGCUCAUCUGCGAUGUGACCUUCGUGGGCUUUAUAAUAUACUAUACAGUGCGUGAAGUCAAGAGGGCCCGCAAGCAGAAGAAGCAGUACAUGAGCGAUCCUUGGAACUACCUGGAGCUGGGGGUCAUCGUUCUGGGCUACACAGCUAUUGUAUUCUACCUGUACAGAAUGUUUCUGGCGAGCAAAAUCGUCGAUACCUACAGAACACGAGGAAGAGGCUACAUCAAGCUACAAUAUGUUACCUACCUUGACGAGGUAUUCGGCUACAUGAUUGGCUUCCUGGUCUUCUUUGGGACACUCAAGUUCAUCAAGCUCCUGAGGUUCAACAAGCGAAUGGGAUUCCUGACGUCCACUCUGAAGCAUGCGCUGGAGACCUGUCGUUUCCACUUCAGAGAGAUACAGCAUGCAAACGCUAUUCUUGGACCGAUCAUGUUCUUCAUAUUUACCAUUUCUAUGACCUGCGUCUUCAUCAACAUCUUCCUGACCAUCAUCAUCAGGAGCUUCCAGGCGGUCAAAUUGGACCUGAUGAAGCAGAAUGAGUACGAGGUGAUCGACUUUUUGGUGAACCGCCUGAAGAUGCUCACCGGCAUUGGCCAGCCCAAGCUGAACUCGGUCGGGCCUCUGGCUCCCACGGACGAAGACGAGCGGAAACAAGAUCCGUCACAGCAGUUCCCAGAGAAAGUUGAUCAACUACUCAACUACGUCAACGACUUCUAUUUCGCUGGGAAGAUGGACUUGGACAAUAAGUCGUGGCUGAAAAAAGACAAUUGCGUCGGACAAGAACAGCAAGGAGCGGCUUGCGGAGGGGUCCGCUGGGGCUGCGACAGCUCCGGCCGGCGCUGCGCAAGGAAUUACGUCCCGCCCGAGGAGCUGACCGAGGAGCAGGAGCAGAUCGCGGACAUCUAG